AUGGGCCCAAAGACGGUGUGUCGCCAGACUCCCCAAGAUCCGAUCAUUUGGCCGGCGAACCAUGUUGACCGGGUGUUGACCAUCGCACACGUGUGCCACGAUCCACCGCCCUGUCAACUGCUGCCUUUGAGCACGCCGCUCACCCGCGAAGACUGUCAGAAGAGAUGCAUGGAGUUUGAGAACUGCCGUGGAGUGGAGUACCGCCAUUCCGAGGAUCGUUGCGAGAUCCUGGCGCGGCCGACCGAGUGGUUCAUCGACAACACCAAGCACCGAACGGUGGGAGGACCCUUGGAUUUCGAGUGUUGGCUCUACAAGCCAACUUGCGAUGUGCUGAUCCAGCUGCGUGAUCACGGCGCUCAGUCACCGACGUUUGACUGGGCCUGGCGCGUUUGCUUCGGGGAAGAUGACGCGGCAUAG